GUCCCUACAAUGAGUGGCAGGGUAGCAGAGGGCCGCCUGCCGGUCCUCCAGAUCUGCCGCCUGCUGCAGUGUGUCCAUGAGGGCAAUACGGUGCAGAUAGAGAAGAUGGUGAAACUCGGGGUGGAAAACCUCAUCAAUCUCACUGAGCCGCAGGACGGCACGGGGGUGCUCCACGUGGCAGUUUCAGCCAACAGUCAGGACCUGAUCAGUUUCCUCCUGUCUCAGGGAGCAGACCCCAACAUCCAGGACAAGAAGGGCCGCACUCCAGGCAUGUUAGCUGCUGAGCUGGGCAAUCAUGCCAUAGUGGAGCUGUUAACACAAAGCAACGCUGACCUGAAACUCCAAGAUGCUGAGGGCAGAGGUGUCCUGUUCUACUGUAUGUACCCCACCAAUCGCCACACUCGCUGCCUGCAGUUGGCGCUGAAGUGCCAGGCAGAUGCCAACAAUGUGUCAACGCAGGGGUUUCACGUCUUCCAGCUGAUGUGCGAAAAAGCUCAGGAGAGCACCCCUAUGUGUCUCGCCAUGCUGGAUGGUGGGGCAGACCCCAAUGCAUCAAACCAGAACACCGGUGUCACAGCAUUGAUGGGGGCAGCAAAGGCAGGCUCCCUGCCGCUUGUGAGAGACAUUCUCAAGAAAGGGGGAAACCCAAACACCAUGGACCUGACACGUCUCACAGCAGUGCACUACGCCGCAAUGGGGGGCUUUUUUGAGGUGAUUCAGGUGCUCUCUGCAUACUCAGCAAACAUGUGCGGGAUUGACCUUGAAGACUGCACACCCCUACACUACGCUGCUGCCACAGGCAGCGAUAGCUGCUGCAAGUUCCUGUCACAGAGAGGUUGUAACCCCAAGCUCAAGAACCACGACGGUUUCCUGCCGCGUCAGAUUGCCAAAGACUCUGGUCACAAAGCAGCGGCCAAGGAGCUGAGGAAAGCUGAGAAGCUACAGGGGACAGUCAAGCAGUCCAGCGGCAUCAGCCCCAUGACAGACCUCUGGGCCCUGACCCUCCAUGACUGGUCUCACGAGAUGGAGACCGAGUUACGUGAAGCCUUCGGGAGCGACUUAGAUACAGUUCCCACAGAGAUGUUUUAUUCUGUGCUAGAGGAACUCAAAUCUCCAGCUGAACUAGACCAUCUCCAAACAGUCAUCUCAGCACAUGACAAGGCGAAAGCAGGCUGUAUCAACAUUAAUGACUUCAUCAAAGGUGUCAAGUACAUCAAGAAACCUUUCCUCCUCUCCGCUUUUUUGCCUAAAAAGAAAAAGGGGGAGAAGAAAGGAAAAGGGGGUAAGAAGAAGAAGGGUAAAUUUGUCCUCCCAAUGCCCAUUUGCACCCUCACACCGGAACUCAUGCCUCGGCGACAGGAUGGAGGCCCCCCUCACCUCAUGAUUGAGACGUACCACAACUCCUCAGACAUCCGCCGAUUCGACCGGGAUCACCCACCAGACCAUCCCAUUGUGAACGACUCUGGAUGGUACAUCGAGAAGCCAGAGAAGGUCUUUGUGAAUAUCAACGAUUCUGUGAAAAGUGGAGAUCUGGAGUCGUUGGACCUGGCUUUCAGUAAGGGGGUUCCUGUGGAUGUUCAAGAUCAGUUUUACAAAACCCCGCUGAUGGCGGCUUGCUCCAGUGGCAACUAUGAGAUGGCUCAGUACCUUCUCAGCCGUAGGGCAAAUGUAAACAUGUGUGACCAGUUCUUCUGGACGCCCCUCCACCACGCGGCCCAGGCUGGCCAAGUGGAACUUGUGGAGCUUUUGGUGAAGGCGGGGGCCGCCAUAGAGAGUCGAGCGCUCAGCGGAGGCACGCCCCUCAUGAGGGCCAUCCAGAGCUCUCGACCCUCCUGUGUGGACUUCCUCAUCAAGGCAGGUGCCAGUGUUACUGCGGAGAACAAGAAAGAACAAAACUGCCUCGACAUCGCAGUAGCUUUUGGAGACCCGAGGAUUAUUGACUUGGUCAAAGAAAAGAUGGAUUCUCUGCCUAAAUUAAAGGAGGGAGCGAAGGGAAAAGGUGGCAAAGCUCCUAAAUCUGCCAAAACAAAGGGCUUCGCAGCAGAAGGUGCAGUGCAUUCAGAGUCCUCGACUGCAACAUCAGGGAAGACGUCCCAGAAGGAUUCAAAGAGCAUCAUCCUGCAAAACGCCAGGAUCACUGCAGGGAAAACCAACACUAUGGACAUCGCCUUUGUGCCAAAAACGGUUUGGGGGGAGCCGCCCACCACCAGCCAGCUGAUGUCGAAGAUAGAGAGACGAAAGAAGCUCUUGUCCCUGGAGGCGGACUUUGAGGACUUCAUGAUGCCUUUCAGCAACAACAUCCAGAGGACGACACUGGAGCGUGUGAAAACCACAGACUAGACAGGAAGUAGGUUAGAAAGAGAGACACUCAGACAUUCUGGAAUCACACUGUUACCGGAGCUAGUGGGCCACCUGCAACAGUUAAAGACAUUUGGUCUAUUUUGGAUUAAUCCUAUUUACAUUUCAGCUGCUUUAAUCAACAUAGUUGGACAUCAUAUGUUAGAACCCCUCUGUUUCCUUCUUUUUGUUAAGUAUAAGAAAUUGAAAUUAAAUGUUAUUCAAUACAUGUUUAGUAUCAUUAGGGCCAACUGAAUCUUAGAUAGAAUCUGCUUUUAUGAAUGAACACAUGGCAAAGUCAUUAUCCCGAUGAUAAAAUGUGAAUAACACACCAUCCAGUGUAUAUCCACAAUGCUCAGUAGGGACUCAUAGACUCAUGAAUGUCAAACACUGUAAAAACACAGCAGAUAUAUAUUUGUCAAAACAGUGGAACACUGGAACUGAGUAUAAAUAUUGUACACAUGAAUAAAGAGAAUGUGGUGACUGUACUUGCACUGCUUUCAAUCAGAACCA